AUGCGGAUAUUGAACGUUUCCCUACUGGUACUGACCGCAUUUUUGGUCGAUUUUGUUGAGUGCGGUCGAGAUUUUUAUAAAAUUCUGGGUGUUUCUAAAAAUGCCAAUGCCAAUCAGAUUAAAAAGGCGUACCGAAAACAAGCCAAAGAAUUGCAUCCGGAUCGAAAUCCAGACGACGAGAUGGCAAAUGAGAAAUUCCAAGACUUAUCAGCAGCCUACGAGGUGCUGUCUGACAAGGAAAAACGAGCGAUGUACGAUCGACACGGCGAAGAAGGCGUGGCGAAGAUGGGCGGCGGCGGUGGUGGUGGACACGAUCCGUUCUCAUCGUUCUUCGGUGAUUUCUUUGGUGGUGGAGGUGGAAAUGGAGGAGACGAAGGAACGCCGAAGGGUGCCGACGUCACCAUAGAUCUAUUUGUAACACUUGAGGAAGCAUAUAAUGGUCAUUUCGUUGAGAUCAAACGAAAGAAGGCCGUCUACAAACAAACAUCUGGAACUCGGCAGUGUAACUGUCGACACGAAAUGCGCACGGAACAAAUGGGACAAGGGAGGUUCCAGAUGUUCCAGGUGAAAGUGUGCGAUGAGUGUCCGAAUGUCAAGUUGGUGCAGGAGAAUAAGGUGUUGGAGGUCGAAGUUGAAGUUGGCGCCGACGAGGGACACACGCAGAUCUUCCAUGGAGAAGGAGAACCACACAUCGAGGGAGACCCGGGAGAUUUGAAAUUCAAAAUUCGGAUUCAGAAGCAUCCAAGAUUUUUGAUAUCUGUGACAGGAAUCGAGAUAAUUGAGCUCAAAGUUGACGAGUUGGUUGAGCUAUUAUUAGAGGGGAUACGGUUCGAGAGGAAGGGAGACGAUCUGUACACCAAUGUGACAAUCUCCCUCCAGGACGCGCUCAACGGCUUUGAGAUGGAAAUUCUGCACCUGGAUGGGCAUAUGGUCAAGGUUCAACGUGAUAAGGUAACCUGGCCAGGAGCCCGUUUACGCAAGAAGGACGAAGGCAUGCCAUCGAUGGAGAACAACAACAAGAAGGGCAUGCUCAUCGUCACAUUCGACGUGGAAUUCCCGAAAACCGAGCUCACCGACGAGCAGAAGGCCCAAAUCAUUGAGAUUCUACAACAGCAGGGAAUCAAGCCGCGCGCCUACAACGGCCUCUAG